GAGUUCCCUGUGGUCAAGAAUCAAUUUAGUUUAUCCUCAUUUAGUUGUUCGAAAUGGAAGGUUGUUUCAGAGUGCUUUACUGUGUGUUUACACUUUUAGCCAUAUCAACAUUUACAGAAUGUUUAGAGAAUAAUGAUGAACAUCAAGAUGUCGAAGAAAAAAUAACUUAUAAUGGAGACCAAGUACUUAGAGUUGAAACAGUUAACUCUAAACAAAGGAAAAAAAUCAAGGAACUAGAAAAUCAAGGAUUGAUUGAAAAAUGGUUUACUAAUUCUACAUCGGUAGAUAUAAUGGUAAAAAAAGUCAACUCAGAAACUGUAAAAAACACACUGAAUAAUGGAUCAUUAUCAUUUAAUAUUUUUAUUGAUGACAUACAAAGAGCAAUUAACAAUGAAAAUCCUCCGAUAAAUGAAGACGAAUUAGAACUAUCCGGAAGACAAGGACAUAACUUGACAUUUGAACGUUAUCAUAAGGUAGAUGAUAUAUAUAAAUAUAUUGAUCACUUAUCUCAAGAAUACCCAGAUAUAGUAGAAGUUGAAACUAUUGGUAAAUCACAUGAGAAUGUCCCAUUACGAGUAAUACGAAUUAAGCUAGACCGAAAUUCAACUGAUACAAAAGCAAUAUGGAUCGAUGGAGGGAUACAUGCACGAGAAUGGAUCGCAGUGUCCUCAGUGUUAUAUUUAAUAAAUGAAUUAGUAUACAACAGAGACUCAUUGGAAUCGCAUAUGAAUAAUAUUGAAUUUCAUAUAAUACCAAUUUUAAAUCCUGAUGGAUACAAACAUUCUCACGAAAAGGAACGCUUAUGGCGAAAAAACCGUAACAAGCCCUCGGCAAAUUCAUGUGUAGGAGCAGAUCUGAAUCGUAACUGGGAUUAUCACUGGGGCGAGACUGGUGCUAGCAAAUAUUCAUGUGCAGAAAUAUACCGAGGAGUAAAAGCUAGUUCUGAACGUGAAACCCAAGCCGUGGUUAAGUAUAUUAUGAAAAAUCCAAAUAAAUUUAAAGGAUUUCUGACGUUCCAUAGUUAUGGACAAUAUAUCCUAUAUCCAUGGGGCUAUGCCAAACGGGUGCCAUCUGAUCACACAGAAGUACAUCGUGUUGGCCAGGUUAUGGCCACAGCUAUCAAAAAGGCUACAUCAAAUGAGUAUACUGUCGGAAAUAGUGCAACUCUCUUAUACCCAGCCGCUGGAGCAUCUGAUGAUUGGGCUAAAGGAGUUGCAAAAAUUAAGUAUUCUUACACAGUAGAAUUGAAAGAUACAGGAAAAUAUGGAUUUAUCUUACCACCAACUGAAAUUUUAUCUACUGGAAAAGAAGCAUAUGCAGCAGUAUCAGCACUAGCUAAUGAAAUAAGUUCAGAAAAGUAUAAUAAUGUAUAAAAUGAUUAGCUUACCUUUAACUCAGCAGUACAUUUUUUUAAAGAUGAAGAACAAAUAUUUUUUUUUCCCUCUUCUUUAAUACAUUUGUUUAUAGUUAAUUUUCCUAUGAAUAUAAUUAAUAUUUAUUAGUUAAAAUUUGAUUUAUUUGAUAUAUUUAUUUAAAAAUAUUUUUAAUUUUAAGACCUAAAUAAACCACAUAUUGAAGGUUGUCUUGUAA